AUGGCAACAGAGGAAGAUUUUGGAUGGAGCCGCCAGGCGAAAAUCGCCCAGCAGAGGCAUGGAGUCGAAGAGCGAGCCACGACAAGUGGGAUCUUGUGCCUGCUCCGUCUCGUGUUCUUCUCGUUAAGGCAAGCGAUGUCUGUGCCCACGCGCUUCACAUGGAACGUCUGUCCACGUGCGGGUACGUGUGUUCCGGCGCGUUUGGCCGUAUACACAUCGCAGACGACCCACAAGGAAUGUGCUGCUCCUCCUCCCCCCCCCCGACUACACACUUGUUUCUUGCUGUGGUUCCUCUGUUCUCCUCCUCUAUGCGUUGCAAGCGCCAUCUCAUCUCUCCCUGAUACCCGCAGGCCUCUCCAUCUCCACCCCCACCUCCACCUCCUGGCAUUACGUGUCUCGUGCGCAAACGCGGCAUAUGGCCGUCAACAUCGAAGUCUGGUUUCUGCCUUGACGCCAUCUCUAUUCCGGUUACAUAUAGAGCAAUACGCGUAUUCAUAUUCACGCAUGUCUUGUAGAGGGACCAUGUUCCAGCUCGCCCUGGCGUGUGGGCGGUCAACACCACCCGCGUUCCGGGUGCCCCACAGGCGGCUGUUCAGCGUGUCGCGCACACGCCUGCAACCGACUCACGCACCACGGGCAGCAGAUGAUGAUAACUUCGUAGACAUUGACCAUCUCAUGGGCCUCACCGCAGCAACGCAAAACCCUGCGCUCGAAGGAGGCGCCGCUUCGCCCUCGAGCGGAUUGAGAGACGUUGCAAGGAGCGAGGUGCUUGGCGUGGUCCGGGUUGUACCCGAGGAGGAAGGCGCACGCUACUCACGCCUUCGCAUUCCACUGGACGCGGACGAGACGGCAGACACGCGGCCACGGGCUAACACGAGAGCAAGUCUCAUGCCAGGCGAGGAGGCAGCCUACGCAGACAAACCUGCCGGCGCAUCCGCUAAUGCAACCGUAGAAGUAUCAUCUUUCUGCAACUCGAUUCAAGACGCUGAGGCGGCGGUUACUGUGGAUGACCCUCCCGAGGAGCGUCGGCUCCCCAACCCGUCUCGCCUCCCGUACGAUGACGAGCGGUUUGCCGAGAUGCUGCUCGAGAUGGAGGUGAAUGGCGUCAUUGACGAGACGUGGCAGGAUGCCAAAAAGGCGCGAAGGGAGGACGUGAAGGAGAUUGCCGACAUUUUGUCGUCGCUGAAGGUGCGCGAUCUCUGCUGCAUCGACGUCUCCGAGAAGACUUCUAACUUUGACUACAUGAUGUUCGGCACGUGCGAGGGGUCGCGGCAUAUCCACCUGGCUGCCUGGGCCGUGCAGGACGCGGACAAGGUGCAUCGCAUUUCGAAGAUCAAGCGCAAACAGACAGAUGAGUUGUGGGAGGUGGUGCCAGUUGGCCGUAUCGUGGUGAAUCUGAUGGUGGAGAGUUUCCGUGAAGAGAUGACGCUGGAGCGCAAGUGGGCGGUGACACGCUCCAUGGACCCGCUGGCGGCCGCAAAUGCCCCCAUCAGCGAGGGGCGACAGGUGAAAGCGCACGGACUGUGGACUCUGACGCUGAACUUGCAGGACCUCGAAGACUUUGAAGUGGACUACUGCAAGGACAUCCUCAUGCGACAGAUGUGA